GCUCUAUUCGACCAGAACGAAGAGAUCCCUGUCGAGGUGGUUUACCGCGAUCCUAUCCACGAUUUUGGCUUCUUUCGCUUCUCCAAACAAGACCUACGCUUCACCAAGGUCGACGCCAUCCCCCUUCGGCCGGAUCAACUGCGACCGGGCCAAGACAUUCGUGUGAUUGGCAAUGACAGCGGCGAAAAAACGCAGAUUCUAAGCGGUAUCAUCGGUCGCAUCGACCGCAACUGUCCGUGCUACUCGCAGACCUGGAUGCAGGAUGAGAACACCUUUUACGUAGGCAGUGGAUCAAACACGUCUGGUGGCUCCAGUGGCUCUCCAGUGAUCAACAGUGAGGGAAACGCAGUCGCUCUCAAUGCCGGAGGAGCCUUGUUGUCGGCGUCCGCGUACUACUUGCCGUUGAACCGCGUACAACGCGCUUUGAAUAUCUUGCUGCAAGAUCAUGGAGGAGCAGAAAAUGCUGAGAUUCCAAGAGUUAUGGCUCAUAAAUCUAGAAGUAGACAAUUUUUUUCAAUGUGAAGCAAGCAUACUAUGCUCGAGGAACCGGAAAUAUUUGAGACGGUAGUAAGCCUCACACAAGUACUACUACUAGGUCGUCAUCUUCAUGCUUAGAAAAAAGUAGCCGUGGCUUAUGGCUGGUAGCAUUCUCCUAGAUUCGAACUAAAUAGUAAAUUAAGAUUUCAUUAUCAUUUAUUCUUUCAAAAAACGAUCACCUCUAAUCGGCGCACGAUCGAAGCUGCCUUCAAGUUCUCCUACUUCGACGCCGUCCGCCGUCUCGGUGUCCCUGUCGAGACUGAGACUAAGGUGAUUGCUCAUCAGGAAAAAAUCGAUUCCCCGAUCACUACGGGUAUGCUCACUGUGGAAUCCGUGAUCCCUGAAGGCGCUGCUUUUGGAAAACUAGUUCCGGGAGACGUUCUAGUUUCAAUUGAUGGGAAAAUCGUUGCCGAUUUCUUCGCUCUGGAGGCUAUCUUGGACGAUAACGUUGGCAAAAGGCUGGAAUUUGAGCUCUACCGAGGGAGACAACUGAUCCACUUGAAGAUCCAAGUGCGCAAUCUGAACGACUACACGCCUGACCGCUUUGUCGAAGUUGGGGGCGGCGUCUUUCACUCGGUUCCUUACAGCUACUGCAAGGUGAUGAACGUGCCGUCGAACAAAGGCGUGUGGUCUGCGGCACGUGGCUUUGUGCUGGGGAACAAAAUUAACUCCUACGCAGUCCUGUACAAGGUGAACGAAGAAGAGAUUCUCACCCUCUCCGACUUCGUCAGGUCCGUGAAGAAGUUACAACACCAUGAACGCUUCAGCGUAACCUGGCACAAGCAAGUGCAAGGCGAGACCAGAACGCAGAAAACCGCAGGCAUCUUGAUGGAACGCCAGUUCAUUGCUGGAGACGUAGUCACUUGGGUACGUGAACCGAAAAAACACGUGAAAGAACCGGAUCAAUGGCGUAAGCUGACCAAAAAAGAAGAGGAAAUCGAAUACAACAUGUUGAUCUUGAAAGAAGGCGAAUCGUCGAACAUCGACACAUCCAAAGAGAAAAUCGAUAUCCCAGAAGGAUUGUCUGACCUCAAAAAUUUCUGGACUGGAGGCGCAAACAUGCAACGCUUUCCAGACUGGGCUAAAAAAGUCCUGCCUCUAUUUUAUGUCUUCAAUCUUCUUGACCAUCCUCUUGCUCAUUUUUUUUUGAAUUAGACUUCUUCUAAUCGGUAGUCUUGAUCGAGUACCGCACACCAGUUGGUCCGGAGAUCCUGGAGCACAAUAACCGCAGCGUUUCUGUCGGUACUGGCAUGGUCAUUGCGCAGGAUGAUAAGGAAGUUAUCAUUGCCUGUGACCGCGAGACGGUGCCCCAGCAAAUGGGCUUGGUGCAGGUCGAAUUCGCGAAGAUUUGCAAAGUUUUUGGCACGAUCAAGUUUGUGCACCCGUUUCACAACCUAGCUCUGCUCUCUGUGGCCAGGAAACGACUGGGCGAUUACCCUUUGCCAGCGUCUCUUCCGUUGGCUCGUGAACGCUUGGCGCCAGGUGAGAACUGCAAUUUUGUCGGGCUCACCGACAAGGGCGAAUGUGUGGUGCAAGAUACGACUCUGCUCAGCUAUUUUACGCCGAACUACAAAUUGAUCUCACCACCGGCUUGGCGCGAGCGCAACGUCAUCGGAUAUCACUUGAUGGAUGACCUUGCGGGGAUCAUUGGUGGCAUUUUAGUCAAUGACGAUGCAGAGCUGAUCGGCCUCUACUGUCACUUUAUGUGCCAGUCGGAUGACUACGACCGCUGUAAGGAAUGGGAAUAUGCCAUCUUGCCGGUUCGUGAUUACAUUGCGCCAUUGUUGAAAAUGGACAACAUCUUGUUGGGGACCACGAGUAGUGAUCAACACUCGGAUUUUUCAGACGAGUCGCCGGGUUCGGGAAACGAGCAGGAGGCGAAAGACGAAAAGACUGGUGCAGAAGUUGAAGAAAACAAGGAGAAGUCACCGAAGAGAAGGAAAGUCAUGUCCUCCGACCACUCAGGAACAGGAGAAUCGUCCAAAAAGCAAGAGAAGAAGCAGAGUACUUUCAGUCUGCUUACUCACAUUCCAUCUUUGUCUUGUGAAUUUCGUGCCAUCAGUCUGUCCGAGGCUCCUCAUCAUGGUUUGAGCGCCUCUUGGAUCACGAAACUGGUGGCGAACAGUGAAGCUAACACGCAAGCGUUGCUGAUUGAACGCGUCACGAGUGGCGGAUGUGCGGAGGUGCACGACCUUCGCGAGGGCGACCUCUUGGUCCAGGUGAACGAGGCGGUUGUGGUCACGCCAUUGGACGUCGAACAUGAACUUUUCAAUUGGCAGAAAAGGAUGGAAAACAGAGAAAAAUACCUGCUUGUCAGAGACCACGAUGAUGAACAGAGGGAUCCGACUAAAGGACCAAAUGGGAAUGCAUAUCAUGGGGCCACAUCCACUCCCACGACCACUUCUCACCAUACUGCUCAACAUCAACAGCACAAGUGUCGCAUCAUCCUCGUCCGUAGUGGAGAAGUCAUCACGAAGGAUGUUGUCCCGGAUUUGCUUGGCUGUGACACUGCAGACCAAUUGUGUAUGUGGAAUGGAUUGCUGAUGAUCCCCACGCCAAAAGCAGUAAGAGAAAGGGGUAUCAAACCGAUUGUUGCUACUGGUACUACUGGUGUCUCAAGAGAAGACGACGAUGAGGCUAUGAAGAAAGAGAACAAGCAGGAAAAAUCAACACAAGAACAACUAAAAGUUGUAGAACAACAACUGCUGCAAGUUGCUAGUACAACGACUCCGAAGCGGACCUCCACCAUGAACGAAAUUUUCGUCGCCCGCCUACUUCAGGGCUCUCCUGCGACUGCACAAGAGAUGGAGGCUGGGUGUUUUCUUGAAAAAAUUGAUGAGCAUUCUGUUGCAGACAUGAGUUUUGAUGAAUUCGUGGAGUUCCUGAAGGCUCACUACUCCACUAAAGAGGGCACUGAUGAGGAAGCAAGCGGAGAAGAAGAAAUAGCUAUUGCGAUGGAAGGAGUCGUUGGUGGUGGUGAUCAUGCUAGUGGUGCAAAGAAGUCGUCAAAAUCGACUUCUGCUGUCAACAACAACAUGAAACCUACCGUACAAGUACAUGUACAACAUCAAGAACCUCAAAGACAAGGCGUAGUUGCAAAAGGUGCUGUAGAAAUGCACGGUGGAGGUACUGCUGGAAAUGGAGGUGCUGCUCUUAGUUGUACUACAUCAACAUCCUACAAUGCUCGCUUCACCCGCAUUAUGGUGAGGGAUUUGGAGGGCAGAGAAAGCGCGAAGACACUGCUACGAAACGACAAGUUCUUUCCGGCGAUGCGCAUUAGAAAAGUGAAGGAUUCUGAAGACAAUAGUUACGAGCGGGAGCGGCUCUAGGUCUCAUCUAGGUCUAAGUGAUGGAAGGAUCUAGAAAAGUAGUAGCAAGAAGCGAGCCGCCAUGAAGGUACGCACUCUGAAGAACAACAAGAAUAUUAGUUUCAAAUGAGUGGUCAGCAUCAAAAUCAUCGAAAAGUACCACAUGAGAGAUUUCAUCAACUACCGCAAUGUAGUUCUUGCAACAUUAGUUUCAUCGUGAAUGAACAUGUUCAUCAUCAGUGGUCUGUCACUAGGUGAUAAUGGCCUACAAAUUCACGCUAUUGGUGUUUCGCCGCAAGCGCAACACCGUAAAGACUUCUACUUCAGUGGUUUGUUGUGUUUGUUGCCAGCCCACGUCGUGAGUAAGUAAGUAUCUCCUCGCGCAUGUUGAAUCUGAAUGUUAUUAAAGGGUCCGUCUAGUAGUUGGUGAGUUUCACCUCCUCCAAAGCUACGGCUCGCUUAGGCAACGCGGAACACAGAGGCGAUAGUAAGUACAUUAUACAUAGGUGUUCUGCCAGUUCCAGUUCCACAGAGACCCUAGUAGUUAAGCUUAAGGUCGUCGUCGUUCACUUUCACGAGACCGACUCCGACUUCAGCAUACAUUUAGACCACGUCGACGUGUACUCCUUCCACAACCAGAAUUUUGAACCGGAUCAUCCUGUGAACACUAUUUUUACGAGAAUUAUGAAACCGGAGUAAACAUAGAGACGGAUCAUGAUAAGGACUGUAUUGGAUCACAGGAGUACGUCUUGGAGUUUGUUGCAGAC